AUGACUGAAAUGUACCAGGCCGUCCCCUUCAGCGAGAGCGACAUGAGCUCUGACUCUGAGAUUCUUACCAGCGGAACCGAUGAUGACAGCGCGGGCCGCCUCCGCGACUUCGUCGUCGACGGCGACGAGGGCAGCCUUAGCGAGUUUGUGCCCGGGUCAGACGUGGCCUCAAUCGAAUCGGAGCAACACGACAGACGUAUACAGAUAUAUGACGCUUUAGAUUCAAUCAUUUUGGAGCUGGUCAGGCUGCGAGACCUGCUAUAUGAAGAGGAAAUCAGCGCGCCCGCUGCAGGCGUCACGGAUACGUAG